AUGGCAAAUGUGCUGUGGCGCUCCGCUGGCUUCGCUUGCUCCGCUCGAAGUAGCAGGUGGUUUUCUUAUGGACUGGUCGCAUGGCGCAAGGCAUGGGGUUCCAACACCCAGGUCGGAUCAGCCAAUGUGCGCUUUGCAUCUGCAGAGACAGCCCGGGCCCAGGUGCGAUUUUUUCUUCGCAACGCUGGUCUGGAGGAGGAGGAGUUGCGUUCCGGCCUGUUGCGGCAUCCGGAGCUUCUGGAUGCUGAUCCAACAAGCUUGGAGGCGUCUGCCUUGGUCCUUCGGGAAGCCUUGGGCGAGCAGUUUACUGGGACUCUUCGUGACUGUCCCGAGGCCCUGCUGUGCGACCAGAAGGACCUGCGGGACUUCGUGGAAGUCUUUGAGCAGUGGGAGAUUCCACUGGCAAAGGUGCUGCGGCGGUCCCCCCGGAUCCUGCUGCGGAAAGCCCAGGAGAUGAUGCAGCUGCUGGCGUUUCUGCAAGAUGAAACGCUGCUGGGCUCGGUGGGGCGGGAAGCUGGGGGAAGUUUGGAGAAUAUCAAUUUUGGAACCUUUGGAACUUGGUUUUUGCUGGAUUGCAAUAUCACCCCAUCCUUCAAGAUGAGGAAGGCCAGCAAGGCUUAUGAAGAGCUGGUGGCCAGUCAGUGCAAGGUGCUGCAGGAGGUACUUCUCAGGCAGCAUCACUUGGAACUGGCUGCCUUGCGCCGCGAGCUUACGCGUGAAGCCACAGAAGUUUCAGCUGAAGGGUUGGAAGAAACGGAUGCAGAGGAGGAAUCCGAACCAUCCACGGUGCAACUGAGGUGGAAUCGUUUGACCCAAAAGCUCCUUUACGAGCAAGAGUGGUUGGAGAAUGUCACAGGACUGGAUCCAGUUGAGAAGGAGAGUACGCAGCACCAAGACCUUCACAUGCGUCGUGCGUGGCACUCUUCCAUGAUGAACCGCAAACGUUCACGAACGAUGCGCUUUUCGAUGGGUCCUGGGAAUCUGCACCUGAAGAUCAACGAAGCGCAAACAGAUGAUUCGAUGCUGCAGAGGUUCGUGGUGAGGCCACAGAACAACCUGCAGUUGGCAUGGUCCAUCAUGGCCUGCAUCCUCAUCAUGUGGGAUAUGAUCACCAUCCCUCUGGAGUUUUUCGACGCCAAAGAGCUGGCAGACGUCCAAAGUGUGGUGAACAUUUUGACCUUCGUUUUCUGGGUCAUCGAUAUGCCCUUGAACUGUUUCUUCGGCGUCCACCGCAACGGCGUUGUCGAGCUGAGACCCCAGGCUUUGUUCAGUCUGUACUUGCGCUCCUGGUUCGGCGUGGAUUUGUUGAUUAUCUCCAUCGACAUUGCCAGAUUUAUCGCAGAAGCAGCGUUCGGAGGCACCAUGUCCACCACUUUGACCUCGGGUCGCUACUUGUGCCGCGGCUUCCUUGAACAAAUGGCGCGUAUGCGCGCGUUGCGAAUUUUGCGCCUACUGCGUUUGACGCGAAUUGGAAAGCUCCAGAAGAAAUUCAGCAUUUUGGCGACCCGGUUCUUGUCCACCUACGUCUUCAUGAUCUUGAAGGUGGUGUGGACCCUGACGUUGAUGCUGGCCAUCAACCAUAUCAUCGCUUGCUGUUGGUAUGGCGUAGCAACCCUCACGGAGGAUGGCUCCACCUGGCUGGCACAGGUGGAUACCGGCAGGGUCAACGUCUACGAUCUCUAUGUAGCAUCACUUCACUGGUCCCUGACUCAAUUCACACCUUCGACCAACAACAUCGCACCAGCCAAUGGUCUUGAGCGCAGCUUCGCAGUCUUCGUGAUUUUGUUGGCCAUGGGCUUCUUUUCCUCGUUCGUGGGUUCCAUCACCUCCACGGUGAACUCGUUGCGGCACAUCCAGGCAGCCAAGGUCAAACAGCAGGACACCCUGCUGCAGUUCUUCGUAGAGCGGAACAUGUCCUUGGAUCUGUACAGCAAGGUGCAGGAAGUCAUCAAAACGGAAAACUUGGCAGAGGUCAGGCUACAUGAGACGGAGGUGGCUUUAGUGAACAGCUUGCCUGAACGAUUUCGCAUGCAGCUCCAUGAGGAGAUGUACAUGAACUCCUUGCUGAAGCUGGAGUGCUGGCCUAGAGAUAUGGCUAAAGACGUGCUGAUUGAGACCGACAAUGAGGCUUUCUUGCGACAGAUUUGUCAUCAUGCCAUGUCGGAGAGCGUUCUGAAGCGAGGGGAGGAUCUCUUCUUGCCUUUGAAGGAUUGCGAUCAUGUCUACUUCGUUGAGCAGGGAUACGGAUUGAAAUAUGCAUCGCAUGGUUACUCAACGGUUGUGAUGCCGGGUGACAGUCUCUGUCUCCCAGCGAUUUGGGCUGAAUGGCACUACUGCGGUCGCUGCACGGCGGAGUUCGGCGCAGGAUAUGUCACUCGAGUGAAUGGAGAGACCUUUGCAAAUCUGGCGAUGAAGUUUUCAGGAGAAGUCGCUCGCUAUUUGCAAAUCUUUGGAAUUCUUCUGAUUGGCGCUCUUGAGUGUGAUGUCGACGCUGACGACCUGUGUUUCAACGCGGAGAAAAUGGAAGCUUUGGCCUCGCGCGCCCACAUUUUUGCACAUGCCAGCGCCACACAAACCCAUGGUAGCCUGUUCGAGAAACCCGUGUCCCGAGACAAUUUGCCCGAUUUGUCCCCAAAAGGGAAAUGGAAGGGAGGAUUUAUCUGA